GCUAGGUAUCCCGCUCCUCUUGUCCCCUCCCCGCCCCCCGCGCGCCGGGCUCCCCGGCUUCAGCCGCUGUGUUGUGAUCACGUGGGCUGCCCGGGGCGCGCAGCUUGUUUUGGUUUUCCUUGGGCUUGCCGGGCGUAGCUCCGGUGAGCUACUGUCCUUCCCGGGGUCCACCUCGGCCUGCACCUCGGCUGAUCUUCGGGCUCCCUCGGCCCGCACUCUUGAGAGCCCCGCGGGGCGGAGUCCUGUCAUGCCGCUGGUGCGCUACAGGAAGGUGGCCAUCCUGGGGUACCGGUCCGUAGGGAAGACGUCUUUGGCACAUCAGUUUGUGGAAGGCGAGUUCCUGGAAAGCUACGAUCCUACAGUGGAGAAUACUUACAGCAAAACAGUGACGCUCGGCAAAGAUGAGUUUCACCUACAUCUGGUGGACACAGCAGGGCAGGUACCAGUUGCGGAUGAGUACAGCAUUCUGCCCUACUCGCUCAUCAUCGGAGUCCAUGGUUAUGUACUCGUGUACUCCGUUACCUCUCUGCGCAGCUUCCAGAUCGUUAAGAACCUGUACCGAAAGCUGCACGAAGGCCACGGUAAAACCCGGCUGCCGGUGCUGCUUGUGGGAAACAAGGCGGAUCUCUCUCCAGAGAGAGAGGUGCAGGCAGUUGAAGGGAAGAAGGUAGCGCAGUCCUGGGGUGCAACGUUUAUGGAGUCCUCUGCUCGGGAUAAUCAGCUAACUCAAGACAUCUUCAUCAAAGUCAUCCAGGAGAUUGCCCGUGUGGAGAAUUCUUAUGGACGACAAGACCGCCGAUGCUCUCUUAUGUGACCUCUUGGCAUGGAAUAGCUGCCCUGCUUUCUGCCCAGGCAUUGUCCAGCCUGCAGUGGUAGGGCAGACCCUCAGGACUCGACUGCUGUGGUUGCCAACUAUAUCCCUCGUCCUGGGCACACAGUGUGGCACCCUGAUUUUUGCACACUCAUCCCAGGUUCUGGUAACCUGGAUGUUAAUGUUUACAAAGGGGCAAGAUGUCUCAGGGACACUGGCUUCUAAGUCCUUGGUUUUCUAAAUGAAUUUUUACAGUCUGUAUAGUUGGGAUAUGAGUCUUGGCCAUUGAUUACCCAGGACCCACUCCCAGGGUAGAUUUUGGGUAUUAGUUGGGUAAGGGUGUUGGUUCCUUGGCAGUUCUGAAAUAGAGCUGUCUGCUGGGGUAAUGAUGUAUAUUUCCAAAUAAACUGAGAAAUCUUUUGUUGA